GCAAUUUUUUGGCGGGAAUCUGUUAGCACGACAUGUUAAGAGGGGGAAAGCUUCAUAUAUGUAUAGCGAAUCGGAGCGCGAUGCAUCGCUUCGGGUAGAUCAGUCGCAUCUCGCUAUUCGUGCAAGGACUUAUGUUGUGCAAGUCGAUUUCUGUAAUACGUAUACAAAGCAUAACCCGAAGAAUAAAACGAUGCGCUAUUAUCAAAAAACGAAAAACUGAAAAAGAAGAGUGAAAGAAAAAAAGGGUAGGAAGGGUGAAAGAAAGGGAAAAGAGAGGGAAGAGCAACGAGGGAAUAAGAGGAAGAGAGAAAAAAGAGAAGAGCAUAAAGAGUCACUGCUUCUCGCCGACUUAACGUGAAAGACGGUGCAUAGCGUAGAAACGCACGGCGUCUCGUAACCGGCACAUUACGACGCGCGCACCGGCAAUCGCCUUUGUCUCUCUGCCACACUACGCAAAUUCCGAGAAAAAAUAACACUUAAUAUGUCAGACGACAAUUCACCUGUUGUUGAGGAACAGAAAAAAAAACGAGGGCGACCAGCGAAAACAGAUAAGAAUACUGUUAAAGAACCCAAAAAGAGAGGAAGGCCAACUUCAGAUAAAUACAAUGCAGUACGUGCAUCAAAAUCUGAUAAUGAAGAUGAUGCACCACCAGGACCUGUCAAAAAAGGUAGAGGUAGACCUAAAGGAUCACAUAAGAAAAAACAAGGUGCACCAAAAGGUAUAGCUCCUUCAGGUCGAGGACGUGGUAGACCAAAAAAAGUAGAAGAAAAACCUGAAAGUACUGGAGAAGAAGAGGACGAACAAGAAGAGGAAGAAGAAGAAGAAGAGAAUUGAAUAAUAUGGAAUCAUCUGUUUUAUCUAAAGCAUUUGCUAAUUAUUCAAUCUUUGUGUUAUAAUUAUUUUGUAUAUUCUACAAAUAUCAAAUUUGAAUUUAGUGAAAAUGACGACUAAUUUCGUAAAAGAAAUUAUAAAUAUUAACAAUUAUUUGGAAUAUUAAUAUAUUUGCAUAUUUCACAUUCGGAGAAGUGAUCAUAAAAAAUAUUUAUAAAGUAAUAUAAUUUUAAUAAAAUGAUAAAUUUUGUAUCAUGUGUAUUUGUAACAUUACGAGAAAAAAGAAGAUUAUAUACUUCAAAUUUUCACAAAGAUAUUUAUGUUUCAUAAAUGAAUUAACUAAAUUCCUAGAUGCAUUUAAACAUUUUGUAUUUUAUAAGAUACAUUGUAUGGUCUUUCUGGCAUCACUUUUCCACUACCUCCUGUACUUCUAUAUCGUAUGCUAUAAUUCUAUAACACAAGAUGAUGUAUCAUUAUAAGAGAUAGAACACAAACAAGGGAAUAUUAGCAUUUUUGAAACAAACAUAUGUGUGAAUGUCAAAUUUGUAUUAAAGUAAAUAAAUUCAUGAAAUACUCUUAUU